GUUGAUUGAUCAUGCUUAGGACUGCAGCCCGUUUCGCGCCUAUCUUGCGCUCGUCGCUUUCGACUCGUGUGGCUGCCCUUGCUGCUCGCCCUCUCACCGUCUCGGCCUUUGCUCGUGCUGCCAAACCAGGAACUUCAGAAGUUACUUCUAUUCUUGAAGAGCGUAUCCUUGGUGCCAGCGCCUCUAUUGAUAUUCAUGAGACUGGCCGUGUUCUUUCCAUUGGUGAUGGUAUUGCCCGUGUUUACGGUCUCAAGAACGUCCAAGCCGAAGAGAUGGUGGAGUUUUCUUCUGGCGUCAAGGGUCAGGCACUUAACUUGGAGGCCGACAAUGUUGGUAUCGUCGUGUUUGGUAACGAUCGUUUGAUCAAGGAAGGUGACAUUGUUAAGCGUACUGGUUCCAUUGUCGAUGUUCCCGUUGGCAUGGGUCUUCUUGGUCGUGUGGUGGAUGCUCUUGGUAAUCCCAUUGACGGAAAGGGUCCUCUCCAAGACGUCAAGCGUCAGCGUGUUCAAGUCAAAGCCCCUGGUAUUAUCCCACGUCAAUCUGUCAACGAGCCCAUGCAGACUGGUAUCAAGUGCAUUGACUCCAUGGUGCCCAUUGGUCGUGGUCAGCGUGAGCUGAUUAUUGGUGAUCGUCAGACAGGAAAGACUGCCGUUGCUCUUGAUACCAUUCUCAAUCAGAAGCGAUGGAACUCGUCCGAGGACAAGUCCAAAAGGUUAUACUGUGUGUACGUGGCUGUUGGCCAGAAGCGUUCCACUGUUGCUCAGUUUGUACAGACUCUUGAAGAGAACGAUGCUCUUCAGUACUCGAUUGUUGUUGCUGCCACUGCUUCUGAUGCUGCACCCUUGCAAUUCCUUGCUCCUUACUCUGGUGCUGCCAUGGGUGAACAUUUCCGUGACAACGGUAUGCAUUCUCUCAUCAUCUAUGAUGAUUUGUCUAAGCAGGCUGUUGCAUAUCGUCAAAUGUCACUUUUGCUCCGUCGUCCUCCAGGUCGUGAGGCUUAUCCUGGUGAUGUCUUCUACCUUCACUCCCGUCUUCUCGAGCGUGCUGCUAAGAUGAACAAGACUUUUGGUGGUGGUUCCAUGACUGCCCUUCCCGUUAUUGAAACCCAGGGUGGUGAUGUAUCUGCUUACAUUCCUACCAACGUUAUUUCCAUUACCGAUGGUCAGAUUUUCCUUGAAGCCGAACUUUUCUUCAAGGGUAUUCGCCCUGCAAUUAAUGUUGGUCUUUCCGUGUCUCGUGUCGGAUCUGCAGCUCAAGUCAAGGCCAUGAAACAGGUUGCAGGUUCUCUUAAGCUUUUCCUUGCGCAGUAUCGUGAGGUUGCAGCCUUUGCUCAAUUUGGUUCUGAUUUGGAUGCCUCGACCCAAUUUUUGCUCAACCGUGGCGCACGUCUUACUGAGCUUCUCAAGCAAAACCAGUAUUCUCCACUCUCUGUUGAACAUAUGGUUAUUGUCAUCUAUUCUGGUGUCAAUGGUUUCCUUGAUAAGAUUCCAGUGAACAAGGUGACUGCAUUUGAGGCAGCAUUGAUUCCUCAUGUGCAGAGUGUCGCACCCGAGAUUUUUGAAGCCAUUAAGAAGGAGAACCAGAUCACACCCGAGACUGACAAGAAGAUCAAGCAAGUUCUUGGAGACUUUGCCAAGACUUUCCAGUGAUUAUUAUGAAACCAAUCCAGCCACAAAUUAAAACUUGUUUUUUUGCUUCUGUC